AUGGAAGAAGAUGAGUUCUUUGGAGAAAAAACAUUCCAGCAUUAUUGUGCAGAAUUCAUUAAACAUUCACAGCAGAUAGGUGAUGGUUGGGAAUGGAAAUCUUCAAAGGAUGGUUCUGAUGGCUACAUGUGUAAAACAUAUUUUCAAAUUAAAAACGGAACUGCGGGGUCACAUCUAGGAACAUCUGCUGAUGCACAGACAUGCCUUUCCACUGAGGAGGCUUUAGAGCUACCCCCCGAUGAUUUUGAAGUGACCGAAACUGAAGCAACAUCCAAAGUGAUUAAAUAUGAGUACCAUGUCUUAUAUUCCUGUAGUUACCAAGUGCCUGUGCUUUACUUCAGGGCAAGCUUUUUAGAUGGAAGACCUCUAACUCUGAAGGACAUAUGGGAAGGAGUCCAUGAGUGCUACAAGUCACGGCUUUUGCAGGGACCAUGGGACACCAUUUCCCAACAGGAACAUCCAAUACUCGGGCAGCCCUUUUUUGUGCUUCAUCCAUGUAAGACGAGUGAAUUCAUGCUUCCUGUAGUAAAGAAUUCUGAAAAAAUCAAUAGGAACAUCAACUACAUCACAUCAUGGCUGAGCGUCAUAGGGCCAGUUGUUGGGCUGAAUCUACCUCUAAGUUAUGCUAAAGCCACCUCUCAGGAUGAAUGA